AUGAAAGCCUUAACAAUUACUCCGUCCACGGGAAUCGUGGCUGUCGAGGAGGUUCCUGUUCCGGUCCCUGGGCCAGGUGAAGUGCUCAUCAAAGUCCACGCGGUUUCGUUGAAUCCAGUUGAUGAGUUCUAUGUUUCAUCGCCCAUCGCUACCCAGGAUCGACGAGUGGUUGGUACAGACUUUGCCGGCGUUGUGGUCGAGGCAAGCAGAGACAUUGCAGAGAUGCAGGAUCCACGAGUUCAAAGGGAAGCCCGCGUUGCGGGAUUUCACCAAGGAGCCUCAUCUGUAAACGAUCGCCCUGGCGCGUUUGCCGAGUAUGUCACUGCACCGUAUGACCUCUUGUGGCUUGUUCCAGACACAAUCACGCUCCAAGCUGCUUCGACGGUCAGCAUGUGUAGUUUGACCGCAGCUCAAGCGCUCUUUGAUCGACUCAAGCUUCCUAGUCCAUUUUCUUCUGGAACGGUCCCACCUGGAGAUACCAUCAAUCUCCUCAUCUACGGAUCUUCUACCUCCCUUGGGCAAUUUGCCGCUCAGUUGGUGCACUUCGCCGCUGAGACAUCUGGUAAAAAGUUCAACCUUAUCGGUACAGCAAGCGCCUCCAACCACCAGUUUCUAAGUCAAGCGCCAUACAAUUAUGACGUGUUGAUUGACUAUCACGACUCGGAUUGGCCUGACAAAGUAAAAGCCGCUACUGGUGGGGUUGGUGUCCAUUUCGCCCUCGAUACCAUAUCAGAAUUCGACACGGUCGAAAAAGUUCACAGUACGCUUGGUGAAAACGGCAGAUUUCACGUCUUUCGAAGCCCAGGCGGCGGACAGUUCGACCUAUCGAGUCUCAAAAUUCAGCCUAUCUAUGACACUGUUUGGGAAGGAUUAGGAGUGGAGGUUGAUUACGGUGAUGGAUUGGUUUUUUCUGCAAAGCCAGAGGCGCGAGACUUUGCCGCUAGAUUCUUCCAGUUCCUCGGAAGUGAGGCACCAGCUGGCAAAACAAAGCUACAACCCAAUCCGGUUCGCAACAUGCCGGGUGGGCUGAAAAAGAUUCGACCGGACGGGCUCGCAUUGUUGUCGGGAUUGGUAACAAAACGAAAUGAUACUGACUUCAGGGAGGAUCAUAUGCGACCUAUCAGCGCAGAGAAGUUGGUAUACACGGUUCCAUAG